CUUCUCCACAGCAUCAGGGGUCCAGAAGCAUCCAGAGACCCCUGGAGACGUCCAGACACCUGCGAGAGAAGGUCUCCUACGCCGACGCCGUGCAGAGCGUGCUGGACAGCGCGGAGGUGGUCUGCGCCACCCUGGUGGGCUGCGGCGCGAGAGACUUCGAGGGGCGGUCCUUCGACCUCAUCCUGCUGGACGAGGCGUCGCAGUCCACGGAGCCGCGGUCGCUGAUCCCCAUCAGCAGGCUCAGCCCGUCCGGGCGCCUCGCGCUGGUGGGCGACCACCAGCAGCUGCCGCCGGUGUGCGUGUCGCGGGAGGCGGAGUCGGCCGGGCUGGGCCUCUCCCUGUUCAGCCGGCUGCUGCAAUUGCCCCCGCUGCGGCCGGCGGCUCUGCGGGUGCAGUACCGCAUGCACCCGCUGAUCAGGCAGUGGCCGUCGGAGGCCUUCUACAGGGGUACGCUGGUCGAUGGCGAGAGCGUGGUCGGCAGGCCACUGCUCCCCGGGUUCCCGUGGCCAGCUGCCGGGCCGAUCGCCUUCAUCGAAGCCGCGGGCUUCGAGGAGCCGUCCCCCGGCCGCUCGUGGCAGAACCCGGGCGAGUGCGCCCUGGCGCUCGCGGUCGUGAACCGCCUGCUGGAGCGGGUGCCCGCGGAGAGCAUCGCCGUGAUCUCCCCCUACCGGGGACAGGUGGGACUCCUCAACCUGGAGUUGCCCGCCCGGGGCCUUCGGGCGCUGACCGUGGACGGCUACCAGGGCAACGAGGCGCCUCUGGUCGUGUUCUCCUGCGUCCGCUCGAACGCCGAGAGCACCAUCGGCUUCCUCGGGGACAAGCGGCGCCUGAACGUCGCCCUCACGCGCGCGCAGAUGGGCCUCAUCGUUAUCGGCAACCCCGCCACCCUGCGGCACAGCGACCACUGGUGGAGCUGGCUCCGGUUCGUGGAGAAGCACGGCCUCAAAAUCGGGGCGGACCAGCUGUCCAGUGCCCGCAAAAGGGCGUGAGCGCC